CUCUCGACGCGUUCACCAUCACGAUGACUGUGUCGCAGCCCCAGAGCAUCACCGUCGGCGUCCUGGCGCUCCAGGGCGCGUUCAUCGAGCACAUUCAUUACUUGGAGCGGGUGCGCCCACAGGGCACGAAGCUGAACGCGAUCGCUGUGAGGACGCCGGAGGAGUUGGCGCGCUGCGACGCCCUUGUCAUCCCCGGCGGCGAGUCGACCGCGAUCACACGCGUCGCAGCACGCACCGACGGGCUGCUCCCCGCGCUGGUUGCCUUCGUCGCGGACCCCGAGCGACCAGUAUACGGGACGUGCGCGGGCAUGAUCCUGAUGGCGGACGACGUGGGCGGCGGCAAGCGCAAGGGCGACGGCGGUCGCUGGGGAGGACUGCGCGGCAUGAAGGUCUGGCGCAACCUGUACGGCGGGCAGCUCGAGUCGUUCGAGUGCGCCAUGUCCAUCCCCUGCUUGUCGUCUCCGGAGCCGUUCAACGCCAUCUUCAUCCGCGCUCCAGCAGUGCACUCGCUCGACAAGAGUAUAGAAGGCACUGAGAUCCUCGCCAGCCUGCCCCAGGAGUGUGUCGCUGCGCCGCCACCCGCAGACACGCCACUCGGGCCGCCCGAUGUCUCGACUACCGGCGCAGUCAUGCUGCGCCAGGGACGCAAGCUCGUCACUUCGUUCCACCCGGAACUGAGCGGCGACGCGCGCAUUCACGAGUACUGGGUCGAGAAGUGUGUGCUGGGGCGUGAGUAAUUGUAGAGGUUGGGUGUAGACGCAUCGAGAGAUUGCUAUGUACAGUGUUAGACGCUUAGCAGCUCAGAGGCUACAAGAGACGUCCAUAUUGUUGCAUCGUGACUAUUGAAUGCACACAUCUAUGUACUGUGCU